GUACCAUCUCUCUCUUUAGUCCCUUGCACCAAUCUCUCUCUCUCUCUCUCCCUCUCUCUCUCUCUCUCUCUCUCACACACACACACACACACACACACACACACACACACACACACUUCGCAUAUUCAUCAAACAGAAUUUCGCAAAACAAGAUGUCAAGAAAAGCAUGCAAAAGAGUGAGCUUUAGUCCAGACCCAGAAGCCACGGACGAACCAAUCUUCCCGAAACAACGAGGAUUCGGCUCCUCACCACAAGGCCGGAGAAGGGUCUUCGUCGGAAUUCUCAGUUUCGGCCUCAGAAGAUCGCCGGCCAGAAGGUUUCUCGGACGUCUCAGCGGCAGAGUCGCCGAAACGCUGCGUUUUAUAUCUUUGGGGGAGAGGAAAACGACGUCGUCGUCUUCCUCUUCUUCUUCAUGUUCGUCUAUUUACCUGGCGAGGUCCAAGUCUCUGGCGGAGUCAGAGUCUCACCGCGCCGAAGCCAUCGAAGACUGCAUCGAGUUCUUGAACUCAUCUUCUCUGUCGAGAUCAAACUCGGUCUCCGCGUGUUCUUGUUAGGCGAGUUCAUCCGAUUCCUUGUCGGGUCGAAAUCGAAACAGAGCUCACAUAUGGUUUUAUUAUAUUGUAAAAGUUCUUCAAGAAGCGAACGAAAAGAAAAAGAAAAAAAAAACUCGUUGAGAUAGCUUGUGUUUCGUCAUUUACUAUAAAAAAAAAAAAAAUCUGUCAUUCUUGA